AUGGCCUCGAACACAGAACGCAACCGCUGGUACUCAAUUCCGGCACCGGUCAGGACUCUUUUCAACAAAUUUCCCCUCGUCACAUAUCCCGAGAACGACCUACCGCUCCCUCGACGCAAUCGCGAGAAUGUCCUCUAUGUCUUCGGCGAAAGCCCACUAUCCUACAAUCCAUCGUGCCUCAAAUGGCAAGCAUACCUCCGAUUCAGUGGCAUCAAUUAUAGUGCAAUAGCCUCAAGCAAUCAUGCGUCACCAAGCGGGGCUCUUCCUUUUCUGCUACCCUCCACAGCCGACACCAAACCAUCGAAGCCUGUGCCAUCCAGUAGACUACAAAGAUGGGCAAUGAACAACAGUGCAGCAGCCAUAGAGGAGUCUUCAGACACGCGAUAUGAGGCGUAUCUAUCUCUGCUUGAGCACAAGAUACGAAGAGCAUGGCUCUACAGUGUCUACCUGUCUGCGAACUCUACAUCUAUCGCCGAGCCUUUAUACGUUCUUCCAACCUCUCGCAACUCCUUCGUUCGCCUCACAAUUGCUCGAGAUCUGCGGUGCGCAGCUGAAAAUGAGCUCUUGAAAUUUUCGGCCAUAAUAGAUGCAGAUCUACUACAUUCGGAAGCGGAAGAGGCUUUCAAUUCGUUAGAAAGCCUACUAGGGGAAGACACUUGGUUUUUCGACAACCAGAUGCCAGGGCUUUUUGACGCCAGCGUCUUUGCAUAUACACAUCUGCUGCUAGACGAUAAUUUAGGCAGCGGCUGGGCGGACACAAGAUUGAGAGAUACGAUAGUGCAGAAGAAGCGGCUAGUCGCGCAUCGGAACAGAAUCUUGGAUCAAUUCUUCGCCAGCGCAUAG